UUGCGAUCGAGGCGUUGUUAGACGGGAGCGGUGCUGAUCGCCAGCCGUACCAGAACCGCAAUUGGCAAAUCCGCAGGCGGAACGAGAGGCUGGGACAGCACGGCAGUAUCGAACGUCUUCCCGAUGUCGCCGAGUUUCCGUCCGGCAGUGGGACAACGAACUCGGAAAUUCUGCAGAUUCGCCGUGGCUACUACGACACCGCACGCGCGAGUGUGCAAGACACGCAGCAGCUAUUGCAACAAACAGCGAACUUAUUCGAGCAGAUUGAGGAGCACUCGUCGAAGUCCGACUUCGAGAAAGCUGUUGUGCAACGGGGGGAAAAAGCGCUCCAAUUCUUGGAUCAAGCGGCGGUCGCCUACUUCACGCAGCGGCAGGGUGGGUAUCCUGUGAAAAAGCAUCGUAUUCGUAUUAGUAGUAAUUGCAUUACAAGUUCGCUCAGCAUGACAAAUGGAAUUUGUCAUGCUGUUUUACCUUUGGAUGGAGAUUUGUAAUGCAUAGUUGCAAUUACUACGAGUACGAUACUUUUGCAAGGCAUAGCGGGCCGGAUACGGCAAUGAAGGCGGAGCCGUUGAACCCCCUGCGCCGGAAGAAACUGGGGUUGCCAAGCAUGGUAUGCAUUGCAAAUAUGUCUGGGUCUGGAAGAAUUGGGAACUUGUGAUGCAAACUCUGGAACACACAAAAAUUUGUGUUGCAUGAGCGUCAAACGCUGGCCAUUUUUUGGUACGCAAGUAGGAAGGUUCUCAUGCGGGACAGGCAUCAAGAGCAGGCGUGCUCAAAACCUGUGAUGCUUUUGCCUCCAUCAGAAACCAUUUGCCUGAUCCGAAACAUGCAUAACAAACAAGUGCAUUCUUCCUGAGGACCACCCAGACAUAUUUGCAAUGGAUACAUGGAAUCCGAGGACGAUGAUGAC